GCUAUUCAAACAUAAACAAACAUCAAAACUUGAAAUUAUACGGGCUGUGCAAACGUAGCUGGUCAUGGUGGUUGCACGUGAUGUGGCGCGGGGCGUCUGGUUUUUUUACGCUUCAUUUCCCCAACGCAUUGGUAAACUUCUGAGGUCUGCAUACUCUUCAGAACGCCAGGUCACCAUAAUUAUAGCUUAACGAGGAUCUAUUCAACCAUCGGGUAUUUACAACAUCUUGAAUAUCGAUAUGAUCAUCGGACGUGUGGAUGGCACACCCCAUCUAAAUAGGAUCUCGUUUUUCACGAGAGAUGUGGACCAGCUGCCGGCGAACCCCGUCCUUAGUAUUAUGCAUUUCACUUUCCAUUCCGGAGUCGACAUCGCAGAUCAAUCGCAUCUAGCAUCUAUACCCUGGAGAAAGUCGUUGAAGUACGUCUCAACAAUUCCAGGAUUCCAAGGGCUGUAUUGGGCUCCAGUGGAUCAGCCUUCGUCAUGCCAGCAAAUAAUCGUUUUGAUCCAGUGGGAUAGUGGUCGUGGCUGGAGAUGCUUUCAACGCUCUUUAGGCUUCAGUAUGAUGCUUGGUUACAUUGAAAACAUUUCUAAUCGGUGCAUUCAGCUUGCUCUUCCUGUCGACAGCUUAUUCACAUCUCAGAGUUGUCUUGAGCUUGUAUCCUUUCAGUUCUCCGAGGCGCCGUCUACUGAUCAGAUUGCUGGGUUGAGGUCCAAAUGGAACGAUAUAUUCUCCUCAUAUCUCAGCAAUGCUUUAGUCGAGUCCAGGCUGAUUCAUUUUUGUGGAGAGUGGCUUGAAGUGGACAAAGAUUCCGAAGAUCGGUUUUUUGUUGGUUUGCUCUUCUGGAAACAUUGUCAGGCAAAUAACAACCAGGAUCGAAUUCAGCCAAGUGAUCCUCAGAAUCUCGAAAAGAAUAUCGAGGAGAUUCGAAAAGAUGCAACAAACGUGGUAUCAGCUUCCACCACUCCACUGAAUCAUAUACCUUUCAAAAUCUCUACUCUUCAAUCAUUAGGUCGUCAACCACUAUCUGUGCCAGAAAUAGAGCAUCCACUUUUUCAAACGCCUACAGAGCCUGAGUACAAUCUGGAUGAAUUUGUGUUAUCAAGUGGUCAGGACCGGCUUCAGGUGGAAUCUAUGAUAGAAGCGAGACGAGGGGAGCGUAUUGCCGGUGGACCCGCUGGUACGUGGCUUGAGAUGGGAUUGCUUUCUGAGCAUCAUUUACCGCAAAGGCUAGAGUAUAAUGCGAGCCCUAAUAUGGAAAUGAUAUCUUUUCGCGCCCCAAUCGGGGAUCCACAGGUCGAAAGUUCAUUUGAGCAUCUUCGAAAGGAACUCUGGGGCUUGGGAAACUGUCCUGAUCUAUUCUGGGGUAGAGACAAAGAAAUGGAAGAUGGACAGAGCAAUACAAACCUACUGUUUAUACAGAUCGAAGAAUCAAAAUAUCCAAGGCCAGAAUUUCAAGCACGAGUCCAAAAGUCCUUCCAAAGCUUCGCAGAUAGGUGUGGUAAGGCUUUACAGGACAUAUCUUACAGAAGUAUCGUUAGUCCAAUUCGAUGGGGUGUUCAUCAGAAUAUGGACAUUACCAUUUUUGAUGUCUCAAAAAAUGAGUGGGACCAGCGAUCAUUUGAAAUUGCUUUUUCUAAUUUCCGGGAAACCACGGCUCAACAUCAAAUUCAACGACAGCCUUAUGGACCUUAUAACGCUUUCAUGCCGACAGGUCAAGGAUGGGUCGUUCGCCAUCAAGAUUCUUCAUUUGACAUCCACGAACCCGAGACAGUGCGACAAUUUAUGUCCUAUUUCAACUGCGAGAAGGAAGAAGGUGCUCGAAAAGAGUGGUACGGCGACUUUGCUCAACGAGCCCAGACCGAAUAUGAACUCUUAGGUCAUAUUGUGGAUUGUAUACGGACUGUGUGCACUCGCAUAACUUCACAUUACCUAGUUAUGGAAAAAGAAGAUGACUGGAUGAUUGCGGACAAGUUGAAAAGGGAGGAGGAAAAAGCCAACAAGCCGCCUUCGCCAGCGCCUAAGUCUAUCUUCGAUCUUUCAUGGGCUAAACCGCCGAAGAAGCCUGACAUAUCAUUUCACGUCAGAUGAUGUAGAUUAGAUACCAUUAUGGUCCAGCUUAUAAUAGAGGCAUCAG